GUGCGCUCAGUAGACCCUCGGCGCGCGUGCUGCGUGCGCGUACGCGAGUGAUGACACAGUGCCAGUGAAGUGCCGUGAACUAUGGUGGCCAUGGUCGCUUCAGCCUCAGGAUAUGGCACCCUGCGCCGCUUCUUAAGCGCCCCUGAAGGCCAUGAGAUGACCGCCGUCGUACCCGGCGCCUCCAUCGCCGUCUCGUCGAAGCAGCGCGCAUCGAUCAAAUGGCUGCUGUCGAAGGCGUUCAACAACAGGGUCCCGGAUAACCUGCAGGAGCCCUUUUACAGGGACCAUGAGGACCAGGAACACCUCAAGCCACCUAUAGUCGGGGGCCUCGCCAACGCCGAGAUCUACUGUCUGGCGUUAGCGAACAUGUACUCAGACCCCAACUACCACAGCCUCAACCACUGGAACAUAUUGCAGACCUUCUCGAGGAAAGGCAUACACGUGCCAGAUCCGCCUGACUGCGCGCUCACGGAGACAGUGCUGCUUCAGAACAACCCGCUCAAAAUGACUGCACACAUGUCGGUGAUAGAAGCAUUAAUGGUGCUGUACGCGCGAGAGGUAGUCACGCUGGACAGGGUGUCUGCGGCAGCACAAAGAUUCGGCACGAGUCAACCCUUAAACAACUCCAAUGUUCCGCACGAAGACGGGCUACUUUGCUGGAUAAACGCGGCCUGCGCGGCGCUUAACAAGGCUGAGGAAGACCAGUCAUCACAAGUCCCCAUGGUGAAGAACCUGCAAGAGCUGUGCGACGGCACGGCGCUCGCGGCUCUCAUCUCCUUCUACUGCCCCGACGCGCUGCCCCGCUCCGCCGUGCGCGUCGGCCGCAUGGCCUCCAUACAGGACUGCCUCCACAACCUCAUGCUGGUGCACGACUUCUGCCAGACGUGUCUGCCGCACAACGUGUUCCACAUGCUGCCGGAGGACGUGACGUAUAUGCGAGGAUCAAUGCGACAAAAUCUAAUAGCAAUGCUAGCCGAUCUCUUCAACAUGCUAGAAGUGCACCCAGUCAAGUGCGUGAAGUACCCCGGCGUCGCGCGCUCGGACAGCAACGAGCACGGCGUGCGCCACAAGCGCUGCCUGCCGCCGCCGCCGCCGACGCCGAUACCCGACCUGCGCGCCGACCAGCCGGCGUCGGCGCACGCGCAGGCGCCCUUCACAGUGCCGCGAUCACCCUCCGCUUGCGGCAUGCGGCCGCGCGUUCCCACUGGUCGCUCGGCGUGCUCGACGCCUGAGCGGCGGAGCUGCAGCCCGCAGAGAGAUGAGUUCGUGGUACAUAGAGGGCGGGGGAUCACCACGCUAUCGUCCAUCGCGAGGAGGGAAGACGACAACGGUAAGUUUCUAUAUACCUAUCUCCUUCAUGUGGCUUACGACGCUCGUGCUCAACGCCUGAGCGGCGGAGCUGCAGCCCUCAGAGAGAUGAUUUCUAUAUACCUAUCUCCUUCAUGUGGCUUACGACGCUCGUGCUCAACGCCUGAGCGGCGGAGCUGCAGCCCUCAGAGAGAUGAGUUCGUGGUGCAUCGAGGGCGGGGGAUCACCACGCUAUCGUCCAUCGCGAGGAGGGAAGACGACAACGUCGUGGACCCGAACCAAACCGCCGCCGGCCGUCCGUCCCACUACCAAACACAAAACUCCUUCGCCGGCCGCCGUUCAAGACGGUCUUCCAUCACAGACGACAGUCAGCUCACCGUCGAAAACUUUGGAGGGUCGCAGGAUCGUCUGCAUUUCGCCGGGAAGAAUCCGGAGAAAGAGCUAGCGACCGUGGCGAAUGUUCGGAAGAUAUCUGCCCCGGCUGGUCCCCUAGACAGUUACAACCCUCCCGUCCGCUCAUCUCGGCAAGACAUUCGCGGCUCCAUAAACCUCUUCCACGGCGACUACAACGGGGACUCGGAGCCCGAGCGGCCCAUGCGGCGGCAGCUCAGCUCCGACACUAUCAACUCCAACAACCACUUCAGCAAUAAAGGCGGUGGUGACGGUUUCUACCUAAACCGAGACUCCACCGACGGCGACAUGACCAAGACCAGCUUCGCGGACCUCAAGUUCAGGAACGGCGACCAAGGCGUGGAGGAGGCGGUAGAACGGCGCAAGAGCACGUCGUUCAGCACGCCCCCGGCCGCCACAACCACCUGGCAGCAGCAGUGCCUGGCGCAGGACGCGCAGCCCAACGGCGACGACCAAUCCGACGACGCGUCACCAAGCGGCGGGCAAGCCAUGGCCGCUCAACUGAACAACAUACGGUUAAAGCUGGAAGAGAAACGGAGACGAAUCGAACAAGAGAAGCGAAGAAUGGAGGUAGCCGUCAGUCGGCAGAGGCAACAAUUAGGGCAGCAGGCGUUCCUGCAGGCUGUUACUAGGGAUACAUAUUUGCAAUACCAGCUGGCCUCUUUGGGUAAGGGCGCGCGGACGCCGGUCGGAGACGAGCGGCCCGAAGAUAAGCCUCAGCAGGAUAUGGAUGCGCCGAGUCAGACAGUGGACAACGUAGCAUUAGAGCAGUACCAACAGUCAAUAGCCAAAAUGAACUCCAGCCUGCAGGACAUACAGAGCGACAUCGCGCGGCUCGCCACGCAGCAGAACCAGAUACAACAGCAACAGCAGCAGCAACAGACACAGCAGUUGCAACAACAACAGCAACAGUUACAGCAACAGUUGCAGCAACAGUUGCAAGCUCAGCAACAACAGCAACUACAACAGCAGCAAGCCAAGCAGCUGUUUCAGCCGCCUCAGCCGCAGUCGCCCUUCCAGCAGUAUCCGCCUAACAUUCCACAAUUGCACAGCCAAUUCAGCUCACAGCACAACGUGUCCCGCCCCGCGCUCAACGCCUUCGGCUCCACCCCGCACCUGCCGCGGGACUUCUACCCGCAACCCUUCGACAACUUCGAGUACAACCAACCUAACCAGUAUAGGGAUAUGGAAGAUUACGGAAGGUUUUACUUACACGAGAGUCCGCCUCAGCCGCAGAGGAGGACGUGGGCGCAACACGCGCAGCAACAGCAGGAGAAUGAGCUGAGGGGAUGGCAGGUUGGCUACUUUCUAAACUUCUACUGUCGCUUCGACAACUUCGAGUACAACCAACCUAACCAGUAUAGGGAUAUGGAGGAUUACGGAAGGUUUUACUUGCACGAGAGUCCGCCUCAGCCGCAGAGGAGGACGUGGGCGCAACACGCGCAGCAACAGCAGGAGAAUGAGCUGAGGGGAUGGCAGGUUGGUUACUUUCAGCAGCAGAACCACCAGCAGCACCAGUACGAGCCGCAGCACACCCCUCCCCCGCGCACGUGGAAGUCCCCCUCCCCCGCGCCCGCGGAGCGCGGCUGGGCGCCGCAGGGCUUCCUGCUGCACGACCCCGCCCCCCCCUCCCCCGCCCCCGCCCCCGCCCCCGCCCCGCAGCCCUUCCAGGUGCACUACAACAACGACCGCCACCAGAACGGCACCGAGCAGAACCACCUCAGCUACACUGUGAUACCCAACCAAUACUCUCAAUCGCCGCCGCUGACGACCAGUCCGCGCCGGUCGAAAACCCCCCAACGGCAGGGCUCGCUUCCAGAAGUCUCUAGAAGACCCGAGCCCGUCAGCCUCCAGCAGCUCGGAGCCGCCAGCCCGGCCCCCGUCGACGACAUGGAGCCCCAGAACAUCUCUUUCAUAGGCAACGCGGAAGACGACGCUCUCAGACAGGGCAUCAACCGCCUCAACAUCACCUCCGGCACCCGAACGUACCGCAUUCCCUCCCCCACGAGACCCUCCCUCGGCCGCAACUCAUUCCAACAACUAGAACAGGAGGAUACGAACGAGAAAGGCUUCUACAUAUCGUUCGACAACGAACCGCCGAAACGACCCAAACCGCCGCUGCGGGUGAAGCGAAUGUCACCUAAGAAAGAGAGAACAGAGUACCAGAGUCCCGAGCGGGGGAGUCCGGAAGACUGGGAGCCGCAAGAGUUCCCCGCGCACCGGGAGAUGCGCGCGUCGCCGGCGCGGGACUCGCGGCCGGAGGCCUCCCCGCCGGCCUCCCGCGAGAGGCCGCUGCGGCCCGGCGCCGAGCCGGCCUCCCGCGAGAGGCCGCUGCGGCCCGGCGCCGAGCCCGCCGCGCUACUCAUCGGCGAGAUGAACCCCGACCCGAACUCCGCAGAAGAAAUGGAGCGAAAGAAAGAGCGAAUUAUGCUUCUCUCCCUCCAACGGCGGCAGCGUGCGGACGAAGCCCGCGCACGCGCAGAACAGGCCGCGGCUGCGCGCCGUGCAAGGGACGAACAGGUGGCGGAACAGCGUGCGGCUCGGAAAGAGGAGCAAGCGAGACGGCGCGAGGCCAUUCUGCAGCAGUACAAGCUCAAGAAGGCCAUCGAGGAGGCCGAGCGAGAGGGCAAAGUCCUCGACAAGUCCUCGUUGAUGGAUCUGGCGCGACCGGCGGCGGGGGCGGCGCCGCUGCGGCCGCGCGGCCGGCAGCCGCCGCGCGCGCGGCCCAAGACCAUCCACGUGGACAGCGGCGCCCUGCAGCAGGCCGAGGGCCUGCUCGGCAGCAAGCAGCCCUCCUCCACCAACCUCACCGGCACCAUGCGGCGCGACUACUACCGCGGCUCACAGGACAGUCUGGCGGAGCGGGCCGGCCUCUACAGAGACUCGCCCGUGGAGGAGCGCGGCGGCGGCGGCGUGUCGCCCGCGAGCGCGGCCAGCGGCCCGCUCGGCCGCCGCGGCAGCUGCAAGACCUCGAGAGAGCGCGUCAAUGAGGAACCACAGUCUGCCCGUGGAAGGUCUAAAUAUUCCACUUACCAGAAUAACUUUAAGGCGGGACGGAAGUCUAGCUCUCUAAUGAACUUGUGCGACUCGGGCCUCGGGCGCGCGACGCCGCCGCGGCGCGCGGCCUCGCCCGGGCGGCGCGCGGCCUCGCCCGGGCUGCGCGCGCUGGCCUCGCCGGCCUCCGGCCCCGGCUCGCUGCCCGGCGCCAUCGGCAAGCGCCGCCAGCACGCCGACGACGCCUCCGACGUCUCAUCCACGCACUCCUCCAUCAUGGACUAUUCUGGCCCCCGGCUGUACAAGCAGCCGGCGACCAAGUCGAACCGCGGCAUCAUGCUGAACGCCGUCGAGUACUGCGUGUUCCCGGGCGCCGUGAACGCCGAGGCCAAGCGGCGGGUCCUAGAGGAGAUCGCGCGCUCAGAGGCCAAGCACUUCCUAGUGCUGUUCAGAGAUGCCGGGUGCCAGUUCAGAGCGCUAUACUCGUACUGUCCGGACACGGAGCAUGUGACCAAGCUGUACGGGACGGGACCGAAGAAUGUUAAUGAUAGGAUGUUUGAUAAGUUCUUCAAAUACAAUUCGGGCAGCAAGUGUUUCUCGCAAGUCCACACGAAGCACUUGACAGUGACCAUCGACGCGUUCACGAUACACAACUCGCUGUGGCAAGGCAAAAAGGUGCAGCUGCCCAGCAAGAAGGACAUGGCCCUCGUCAUAUAGGCGUUCUAGUCGAUGAGCCGG